GCUUCUCUCCCCCCUUCUCCCUCUCCUUUUCCCCUCCCUCCUUACACACCCCUCCCCUCCCCUUCCCCUCGCAUCCUUGGAAGCAACAAUUAAGCAGCUCUGGGAUAAAACACACAGCCUGCGGGAGCACGGGGGCAUUGCUUCAAGAGAUGGCAAGGCAGGCAGCUGCACCCCUCCUUCCCGGAGUCCUCCUCCUCCUCUCCAUCCUCCCGGCUUCUCAGCAAGGAGGGGUCCCUGGUGCUAUUCCAGGAGGGGGAGUUCCCGGAGGAGGCUUUUUCCCAGGUGCUGGGGUUGGAGGUUUGGGAGCAGGACUUGGAGCUGCAGGAAAACCUCUUAAACCAGGGGUCGGAGGCCUUGGGGGACUUGGCCCACUCGGCCUACAACCAGGUGCUGCAGGUGUCUUUCCUGGAGGUGCUUUCCCUGGGGCAGCCUUCCCUGGUGCUGCCUCUGCUGCUGCGCUCAAGGCAGCAGCGAAAGCUGGUGCUGGCAUUGGUGGUGUGGCUGGAAUUGGUGGUCCUGGUGGCCUCGGGGUCUCUACAGGUGCAGUGGUACCUGGUGCGGUGCAGCCGGGGGUUGGUGCAGGAGUGAAACCCCCGAAAGUACCAGGUGCUGGGAUUCCCGGAGCGUUCCCAGGCGGUGUGCUCCCUGGUGCAGGCGUCCGCUUCCCUGGUGUCGGGGUGCUGCCUGGAGUACCCACUGGUGCUGGAGUCAAGCCCAAAGGUCCAGGAGCAGGAGCCUUUGCAGGAAUCCCUGGACUAGGAGGUUUUGGAGGUCAGCAGCCUGGUGUCCCCCUGGGGUAUCCCAUCAAAGCUCCUAAGCUCCCAGGUGGCUAUGGAUUGCCCUACAGUACUGGCUUUGGGCCAGGCGGGAUAGGAGCUGGCAUCGGGGCAGGAGGAAAGGCAGGGUACCCCACCGGGACAGGAGUUGGAGCACAGGCAGCAGCAGCGAAAGCGGCAGCAAAAUACGGAGCUGGUGUCCUGCCUGGGGCCGGCGGCAUCCCCGGAGUCGGCGGAGUGGUACCGGGUGCUGGUGUUGUCCCAGGGGUUGGAGUUGGAGGUCCCGCAGCGGCGGCGGCAGCAGCGAAGGCAGCAGCAAAGGCAGGAGCCUUUGGUCCAGGGGUUGGUGGUGUCCCUGGCCUUGUGCCUGGCAUCGGUGGUGUCCCCGGCUUGGUGCCUGGCGUCGGAGGUGUCCCCGGGGUGGCAGGAGUCGGGGGGCCAGCAGCAGCAGCAGCAGCAGCAAAGGCAGCUAAGUACGGAGCUGGCGUUGGCGUUCCUGGCAUUGGUGGUGUUCCUGGUGUUCCUGGCGUUCCUGGUGUUCCUGGUGUUCCUGGUGUUCCUGGUGUCGCUGGUGUCCCUGGCGUCCCUGGUGUGCCCGGUGUGCCCGGCGUGCCCGGUGUGCCCGGUGUGGCUGGGGUUCCUGGUGUGGUGCCUGGUGUCGGAGUGGGUGGCCCAGAAGCUGCUGCGGCCGCAGCAAAGGCUGCAGCGAAAGCCGCAGCAUUUGGAGCAGGGCGCGUGCCCGGUGUCGGUGUGCCCGGUGUCGGUGUUCCUGGUGUUGGUGUGCCCGGUGUCGGUGUACCCGGUGUUGGUGUACCUGGUGUUGGUGUACCCGGUGUUGGUGUACCCGGUGUUGGCGUGCCCGGGGUUGGUGUACCCGGAGUUGGCGUGCCCAGUGUUGGCGUGCCUGGAGUUGGUGUGCCCGGUCUGGUGCCAGGAGUCGGAGCCCCAGCAGCUGCCGCUGCUGCCAAAGCAGCUGCCAAAGCAGCCAAGUAUGGAGCAGGUGGUCUGGCUCCUGGUGUGGGUGGUCUGGCUCCCGGUGUGGGUGGACUUGCUCCCGGUGUAGGUGGACUGGCUCCCGGUGUAGGUGGCCUUGCUCCUGGUGUUGGUGGCCUGGUCCCCGGUGUUGGAGGUGUCCCAGGGGUCGGAGUUCCCUCAGCAGCAGCCAAAGCAGCAGCGAAGGCAGCCAAAUUCGGUGCUGGUGUUGGAGGGGUGCCUGGAGCAGUGCCUGGAGCAGUGCCUGGAGCAGUGCCUGGAGUUGCUGGGGUGCCAGGAGUGACUCCUGGUGUAGGUGGUGUGCCUGGGCUGGUGCCAGGUGUGGGGGUACCUGGUACUGGCAUCCUCCCCGGGGCAGGCAUCCCCCAAUUAGGGGUGCAGCCUGGUGCUAAACCUCCGAAAUUGGGUGUUCCUGGGGUUGGAGUCCCAGGGAUCGGCGGUGUCCCAGGUGGCCUUGGAGUCGGUGGCCUUGGAGCUGGUGGCCUCGGAGUUGGUGGGCUUGGUGCUGGGCUCUUGUAUCCAGGAGCUGCUGGGAAACCUCCCAAGCCAGGUUUUGGUGUUGGGGGGCUGCAGCCAGGGGUUGGCGUUCCCGGCUUCGGUGUGUCACCAAUACUUCCAGGUGGGGUUGCCGGUCAGCUGGGAUUCGGUGGGAAGCCCCCCAAGACCUACGGAGGAGCCCUCGGUGCCCUGGGCUUCAGAGGCGGCGUCGGCUGCGCACAAGGGAAGUACUGCGGCAGGAAGCGGAAGUAACCGCACUCCUCACCCGUGACCUCAUGAACUUUGGUGCUACUGCAUGGUCCAGAAUGUAAAUCCCGAGCAAAGCCUCCCCCCCCCCCCCAAAACCCGGACCCGACGUUCCCAGGACGGCCCCGUGCCUAUGGCAGCGCUUGUGCCACCCCAGCCCCCCCACCCCGACGGGGAGCACGGAACAAACCGCGGCGAGCGGCCGUCCCCAUUGGUGCUAUUGCUCCCUGCGGGAUCUGGGGGGGUCUGGGGGUGUCACCACCCUGCGAGCCUCAGACCGGAGCCCGGACGGGGAGGGCAGGAUGAGGGGCACCUCACGUCGGAGGGAGGAGGGAAGGGGGUCGCAGCAGUGGGGAGCUGUAGGGGAGGGAUGUCCCUGGCAGCCCUGGGCUGCCCCCGGUCCCCGUGCUCCGGGGGGGCCGCGGGCAGGAGGGGCUCUGUCCCUUCACGUUGCUCACUUUGCUAUACCCGGUGGGAGGCCCUCUGCAGAGGGGCUCGCUUCCGACAGACUAAUAAAGGACAAGGUUUUAAAUGA